AUAGUUAAUUGUGAGCCACCAUGUGGGUGUUGGGAACUGAACUCAGGACCUCUGUAAGAACACUUAGUGCUCUUAACCACUGAGCCAUCUCUACAGCACCAGAACUAGUAUUAACAUAUCACAUUGAGGAUCAGGGAUACUAUGUGCUUUUGUGUGCUUUGUCCAUAAAUGAAAACAAUGACAUCCCCAGACUGGGCAGGGUUGAAUAGCAGUUCUGUUUAUUUUACUCAGUCCAUAGCACCUGUGUUACUUUCAAAGGCAGCCUGUAAUAAAAGCACUGUGAUAAAAACAACAUAAAAACACACUAAAAAAGAACAUGUAUGUGUUUGUUGCUUCUGGCAAGAAAACAUGUUGAUUCUUGUUAACUGAAAAAACAAAUCAAAACAGCUUAAGGAUUAAUAACCAAAGCUUACUUUCAAACAUGUUUCUCUUUUUGUUGUUAUCGAGUCUCACUGUAUAUCCUAGAUUGGCUUCAAACUCAUCAUAGCCUAGGCUAGCUUUGAACUCAAAAUCCUUCUGCUUUCACCUCCCCAGUGAUGAAAUUAGACACGAGCCGCCUCACCCAUUCCCAGUGGUCCUCCAGACAUACUUUCUCUUUGUGCUUCAUGAUGACACUGUCAUUAGUUUGAUUCUACAAGGGCAGAGAUCUUGAAAUAUUCACACGUGGAUUUUCUCACGUGUGAUCCAUCUGUGAGACCUAGGCAGUGCUUGCUGAGAUACCCUGAAGGGGCUGCUGCAUCGCCUACAUUAGCCUUCGUUGGCUGUAAUUAACACAGACCAUAGUUUGAAACACACAUUUAUAAAUGUUCCACACUUCUCUGGGCGCGAGUCCAAAUAUGGAGUGGGUUCCAGGGGUUCCCUGCUUCAAUCCGAGGCUGGAGUCAAGGUGCCCCUUGUUUCUGAGCUCAUCUACACUGCCAGCGUGCUCUGCUGGGCUGAAUGACUAUCGUCCCUAUUCCUUGCUGCUGUGGCAGGCUUCUUAGCCCAGAGGCUGCUUACACUCCUUUGCUUUCUGCCACUUCAUAGUCAGUCAGCAACAGUGAGCCGAGUUGCUUCAUAGCUCCAAAACACCCAUUCUUUCAAGGACCCAUGUAAUGAUCUUCCUUACAGCCUAAAUUUACCUGCAAAACUCUUUUCCUACUGAAUGGAAUAAAUUUAGUUUGGUGGUAUACAUGGAUGAAAGAAAGUUUGGAUACUUUUGGCCAGAGCAGCCAGACUCUAAACAUGAAUAUUUUAGUCAGAUCUGUUGGCAAAGGCCUGUAAUCCCAGCUAUUCUGGGGAGGUUGAGGCAGAGGCAAGCCAGCCUUUGUGACUUAAUAAGAACUUGAAAAUCAAAGGUAAAAAGGGCUCGGGAGGUAGUUUAGUGGUAUAACAGCUACUAUGCAUGAGCUCAAUUCCACACAGAAAAACACAAAGCAGGCAUUUUAGUGAUUCUUCCUCAUUUAAUCCAAGUGUGUGUAUGUGUUGGAGGUAUGAGUGAUUCAAAAUGUUUGAAAUAAGUCACAGUAUCCUCUCAGAGGUGACUCAGUUGCAGAUUGAAAAAAUAAAAAAUACUGUAAAUAAAACAACUAAAAGCCAGGCAUAGUUGGGCAUGUAUUUUAAUCCCUCAUGUAUUAAUGGGAGGCAAAGACAAGAGAACAGUAGCCUAUUUGAGGUCAGCCUGUUUAUACUGUGAGAUUUUGUUUCAAAAUAACAAUAAAGAGUGCUCAGUGGUUGUGUGAGGCCCUGGGUUCAAUCCUUAGCACUAACACCGCCCCCCCUCCACCAAACAAAAUAGCAAUAUACACCUUUAAUCCCAGCACUCCAGAGGCAAUGGCAGGUGGCCAACCUGAUCUAGAUAGUGAAUUCCAGGACAGCCAGGACUACAUAGUGAGAUCCUGUCCCCAAACCAAACCAAACCUAAAAUGUCAUAAAAAGAAAUAAAACAAUUUUAGAAGUUAUUCCUCAACUCCCUGGUGGGAUGAAAUCAAGUGGGGGAUGUAAAAAUAUGUAAAUCUCACCUAUCGUCUAUUCAUUGUAGAUUGUUUGCUUUCUGGAUUUGAGCCUAGUGUGACCAGAACUAAGUACUGCUGGCCCCUUAGGUGGUAGGGGUCACACUGCUCUGUGACUGCUGUCUCAGCCCUGGCAGCCUGUGUGCUAACACCAGAGAGAAUAGAGUGUUUCCUCACCCACAGAAACCUUCCAAAAACUAUAAAAUCCCGUUUCCUAGUUUUAAAAAUGGGCCAUUAAUCCAGUUCAAGGCUGACUGUAGAAAUGUUUCUGGACAUUGAUUCAUCAAAUGCAUAGAGAAAAAAUACUUUAUGUUCUGGGUGUUCCAAACCUCAUCCCAUUUAACACUUGCAAUCAAGGUUCUGAGAGGCUCCACUGCUCACUGUGAGUGUGUAAUAACAGCUAUCAUUUAUUCUAUGCCAGAAGCCAAAUUACAGGAGUCUAAUAAUAUCAGGAUCCUCCACAUCCUCUCCCCGAUCUUCUAGAUACUUCAUGCUAAUUUGUACCCCAUCAAUCUUGUGCAACAGUAAGCUAACACAGAUCAAAUCGAGGUUAAGAGGAGUCAGGAAGUGACCGCUAGGAUUCUAAAUCUAGAUUUGGUAGACCAGGGACCUGAUCUCUCCCCAGGGUACUGCCUCUAAAAUAACACGUGCAUUUUUAUCUAAAUGACCCUUAAGUCUUUAUUACCAAAUUCACCUGACAGCAAUUCUGCGGUGGACUGCAGGUGCACCCUCGGCAAAUACAUUGCGGUCCGACAGUACAAGAGGAAAUGGGCAACCGUCUAGGUCAGUCAAUCAAGAAAUAACCGUUUUACUGAUAUGAGUGUCUCUCUGCUUAUUACUAUGCGCCAGUUGAGUCAUUUAAGGGUGGACCAAAAGGGAAAGUCCUGCUUCUUGUCACCCACCAGAAGUGCAGAUGAGAACUGUAUUCAGGGGGAUGCCCACCGUGGAAGGAGGGUGGUGGACUACCAAUUCCGGAUCCUCACCCUCACUGGACCCGCCCCGCCCCUAGUCCCAAAAAACAUGGAACGGGUUAAACGCGGCUAGGGGGAAUCCAGCCACCGCCCCUUCCCAGCAACACCUCCCAGAAACCCUCAGGGCUCCGCUAGUUCCCGAACCUCGCGAGACCCCGCCCCAUCCCUUCCUGACCGACUUCCCGCCCCCUUCUUUACCGAGCUCUGAGCGCAGCGGGGUACGGAAGAGAGUGGGCGGAAAGCAAGAGUCCCGGAGCACGACGGGAAACGUGGUCCAAGCACUUCAGGCAGCCAUUUUCUUCCGGAGCGGGGGAGGCCGGGGAGCUAGUAAGGACUACAAAUCCCAGCCAUCCUUUCGGUUUGUUUUUGUUCAAAAAAAAAAACCCCACACUCCCCCUCCUCACUCUUCUCUCUCUCACACGCGGGCACACAUACACACACACACACAUACACACACCCACGGCAGAGACUCACGGACCGGAGCGUCGAAGGGAAAGCUGCGUCUCGCCAUCCCGGCCCGCCACUCGUCCGGUCUCGGUUUCCCAGCAGCGCGGGAAAGCGGAGGCCCGAGCCGUGACCUCUGACCCCGUGGUUAUGCGGAGCCGCCGCAUUCCUUAGCCAUCGCGGGGCUGCCGCCGCCGCUGCCACCGUGGGCGACUGACGCAGCGCGGGCGCGUGGAGCCGCCGCCCCUCCCCCAUCGCCGCCCUCGCGCCGGGUCUCGCACCAGCCGGUCCCGGUGCGCCCGCCCUCUCCGGCCGCACCCGAGUCCUCGCACGCGCCGCCGCCACGCGCCCCCCGCCGCUGCCGCCUCCGCCCCAGCCCCGCGCCGCCACCGCCCCAGCCCGCCCCACCCGGAGGUCCCGCGUGGAGCUGCCGCCGCCACCGCCGCCGCGGAGGAGGAGGAGGAUGAAGGACAAACAGAAGAGGAAGAAGGAGCGCACGUGGGCCGAGGCCGCACGCCUGGUGUUAGAAAACUACUCGGAUGCUCCAAUGACACCAAAACAGAUUCUGCAGGUCAUAGAGGCAGAAGGACUGAAGGAAAUGAGAAGUGGGACAUCCCCUCUCGCGUGCCUCAAUGCCAUGCUACAUUCCAACUCAAGAGGAGGAGAAGGACUAUUUUAUAAAUUGCCUGGCCGAAUUAGCCUUUUCACACUCAAGAAGGAUGCUGUGCAGUGGUCUCGAAAUGUAGCUGCAGUGGAUGGAGAAGAACCAGAGGACUCGGCUGAUGUGGAAAGCUGUGGGUCUAAUGAAACCAGCACUGUGAGUGGUGAAAAUGAUGUAUCUCUGGAUGAAACAUCGUCAAAUGCAUCCUGUUCUACAGAGUCUCAGAGCCGUCCCCUUUCCAAUCCCAGGGACAGCCACAGGGCUUCCUUACAGGCAAACAAACAAAAGAAAAAGACGGGGGUCAUGCUGCCUCGUGUUGUCCUGACUCCUCUGAAGGUAAACGGGGCCCACGUGGAAUCUGCAUCAGGGUUCUCAAGCCGGCAUGCCGAUGGUGAGAGUGGCAGCCCAUCUAGCAGCAGUAGCAGCUCUCUGGCCUUGGGCAGCACUGCUAUUCGAGGUCAGGCUGAGGUCACCCGGGAUCCUGCCCCACUCCUGAGAGGCUUCCGAAAACCAGCUACAGGUCAGAUGAAGCGCAACAGAGGGGAAGAGGUAGAUUUUGAGACACCUGGAUCCAUUCUUGUCAAUACCAACCUCCGUGCUCUGAUAAACUCUCGGACCUUCCAUGCCCUGCCAUCGCACUUCCAGCAGCAACUCCUCUUCCUUCUGCCUGAAGUAGACAGACAGGUGGGGACAGAUGGCCUGUUGCGCCUCAGCAGCAGUGCACUCAAUAACGAGUUUUUCACCCAUGCAGCUCAGAGCUGGCGAGAGCGCCUUGCUGAUGGUGAAUUUACUCACGAGAUGCAAGUCAGGAUAAGGCAGGAAAUGGAAAAGGAGAAGAAGGUGGAACAGUGGAAGGAAAAGUUCUUUGAAGACUACUAUGGACAGAAAUUGGGUUUGACCAAAGAAGAAUCACUGCAGCAAAAAGUGGGCCAGGAGGAAGCCAAAACCAAGAGUGGAUUGUGUGUCCCAAGAGAAUCAGCACGGCCGCAGCGUGGGCAGCGUGGGCCCACUACGCGUCAACGGGAUGGGCACUUUAAGAAACGUUCUCGGCCCGAUCUCCGAACCAGAUCCAGAAGGAAUCUGUACAAAAAACAGGAGCCAGAACAAGCAGGGGUUGCUAAGGAUGCAAAUUCUGCACCAGAUGUCUUACUCUCCAAAGAUGGGGAUGCUAAGACUGACUCAAAAGGGAUGAGCAGUCCCCCUGGACCGGAUGUGUCCUCCGCAGCAUCCAGACAGGAGGGUCCUAAGUGUCCCAGUGAACCUGUGACUUCCCGGAUCCAAGCAGAAACAGACAGUUUGGCAUGUACCUCUACAUCUCCAGACAGAAUCCCUAGCUUACCUCAGGACACUGUGGCUCAAGAGACAAAGGAUCAGAAGAGGAAAUCCUUUGAGCCGUCAGCCUCCACGUCCUUUCCCGAAAAGAAGCCCCGGCUUGAAGAUCGUCAGUCCUUUCGUAACACAAUUGAAAGUGUUCACACCGAAAAGCCACAGCCCACUAAAGAGGAGCCCAAAGUCCCGCCCAUCCGGAUUCAGCUUUCACGUAUCAAACCACCCUGGGUGGCUAAAGGUCGGCCCACUUACCAGAUAUGCCCCCGGAUCGUCCCCAUCACGGAGUCCUCCUGCCGGGGUUGGACUGGUGCCAGGACCCUUGCAGACAUUAAAGCCCGUGCUUUGCAGGCCCGAGGAGCGAGAGGCCACCACUGCCAUCGAGAGGCGGCCACCACUGCCAUCGGAGGGGGGGGUGGCCCGGGUGGAGGUAGCAGUGGGGCCAUCGAUGAGGGAGGUGGCAGAGGCGGCGGCAGUGAUGAUGGUGGUGAGGCCUGUGACCACUCUGAGCCCAGGGGAGCCCCAAGCACCUCUGGAAAGGGUGCGCCAAAUCUACAGCGAACACAACUACUGCCGCCUUGUCCUCUGAGUGAAGAGCACGCUCCAGCUGAAGCUGUCAUGCCCAGAGCCAGAGGAGAGAACUUGGCUUCUCUCAGAAAGGAGGAGUGCUGCCUGUUGCAGAGGGCCCCAGGUGUGCUUACAAGUGGGCUGGAAGAUGCCUCCCAACCCCCUAUUGCUCCCACUGGAGACCGGCCGUGCCAAGCUUUGCCACCACUGUCCUCCCAGACUCCAGUGGCUGAGAAGCUAUCAGAGCAGCCUAAGUUGCCUCUAGAUGGUAGAACUGAAUGCAAGUCUGGUACCCCUUCCUUGGAGAGGAGUAGUGAGGAUGAAGGAUCCGCUGUCCCCUCAGUGAAUCCUGUGCAGUCUCUGGUGGGAGAUGUAGGAGGAGGAAAGGAUCAGGCCUUUGAUGAUAUUCCCAGUGUGGAAGAGCUUGUAAAUGUGACACCUGCUUUUAUAUCUGAAUUAUCAUUGGCUAAGUACCUAGAGGAUAAACAUGCUGAUGAUGAAUUAGGACUUGGUGACACAGGCCCCCUCUUAAGGGAAAGUGAUAAACAAGAAUCUUUGAAAACUGAGGCUUUUGCAUCUGGCAGUGCUGCCUCCUGGGUACCCAUUCUGUCAAAUUAUGAUGUAGUGAAAGACUCUGAGUCAGAAUCCAGAGAAAACGCACCGUUUCUGGAGCCCCGGAAUGGAGAAGAGUGGAAAAGAGCUGUUCCCCUCAUUUCUGCCAUGCCUGGGGAAUUGGCAGCCACAGAAAGUGUGCCCCACCCUGAGAGCUGCGCUUCACUCUGGACAGUACCUCCUCCAGGAACCGUGGCCAGUGCUGGCAGUGACAGUGAGCAAGUAGACCUUGAAAGGCUGGAGAUGAAUGGCAUCUCUGCAACACCCAGUCCUCACAACGAGUCCACAGAUACAGCCUCUGACUCGGAAGGCCCCCUCACUGAGGACAGCAGUGAGGUUGAUCCAAGUGAAACCACAGUGGCAAAGGGGUUGUUGGUGGGAAGGAAUGAAAAGCAGGAUGGGGACUCAUAUGUCUCACUGUCCAAGGUGAGCAGUAACCUAAGUGUGCUUAGAAGGACAGAAGGGAUAGCAGCUUCUCAGAGCUGGGUGUCUAGAGUAUGUGCAGUCCCACACAAGAUCUCAGAGUCCCUGCUGCUGUCCAGUACUGAGUGCCAGCCCAGGUUCAUGUGCCCACCUAAGCCUGCUUCUUCAGUGGAGGUUACCAACCCUCUUGUGAUGCACCUGCUGCAUGGUAACUUGCCUCUGGAAAAAGUUCUUCCUCCAGGUCAUAGAGGCAGCAAGCCAGAAUCCCCCCAGCUGCCACUUAGAGAGCAGAGCCAGGGUAGAGGCGCUGUACAAGGUACUGGGGAAGACAAUCACCUAGUUGCCAGAAGCAGCCCUGGUUCUGCACUGGCUUGGAAGGAGUCUCUUCUGGCCCAGUGCUAUGCAGGUCUUGGAAGGGCAAAAGCCUCCCAGGCUCUUGGAAUGCCCCAGAAGAUUGCCAAAAUGGUUCCAAGUUUAGACUCCCAGCAUCCAGUGGCAGAACUGACACCCUCCUCUGGCAACCUGGAAGAAAUAGAUUCCAAAGAUCAUUUCUCUUCUUUCCGUUGUGAAGAGCAGAAAGAAGCCCAUUCCCAGUCCCAAGGCAGUGAUCCUGGUACUGCCCCAGUCCAGUGUCCAGGGAAUCACACUACCUCCGAAGUGCCAUGUUUCUCCUCUGCAAAUGUGAGCCUCUCCUUUGGUCCUGAGCAGACAGAUAGGACCCUGGGUGAUCAGAACAAUGCUGGUGGUCAAGAGAAGAAACUAUUUGGUCCUAGGAAUACAUUUCCCACCCUUCAGUGCCCCAGGUCUGAAGAGCAGACACCACUACCUGCUGAGGUCCCUCCAGUUUUUCCCAGUAGGAAGAUAGAACCAAGCAAAAACUCAGUAUCUGAUGGCAUACAGACUGCAAGGGAAGACUGGACGCCAAAGCCAUCACCUGAUUCUCCUGGUGGCAUCAAGACUGAGCAGAUAUUCUCAAGGGGUCCCCUUAAAGCAGAUGCAGAGAAUAGAAAAGCUGCAGGGUAUAGUCCUCUGGAACUAGUGGGUCACUUGCAAGGGAUGCCUUUUGUUGUAGACCUGCCUUUCUGGAAAUUACCCAGAGAGCCAGGGAAAGGGCUAAGUCAGCCCCUGGAGCCUUCUUCCAUCCCCUCCCAACUCAACAUCAAGCAGGCUUUGUAUGGGAAGUUCUCUAAACUCCAGCUGAGUCCCACCAGCUUUAAUUACUCCUCCAGCUCUGCCACCUUUCCCAAAGGCCUUGCUGGCAGUGUGGUGCAGCUGAGCCACAAAGCCAGCUUUGGUGCAGGCCACACUGCAUCACUCUCCCUGCAAAUGUUCACUGACAGCAGUGCAGUGGAAAGCAUAUCUCUCCAGUGUGCAUGCAGCCUGAAAGCCAUGAUCAUGUGCCAAGGCUGUGGAGCAUUCUGCCAUGAUGACUGCAUUGGACCCUCAAAGCUCUGUGUAUUGUGCCUUGUGGUGAGAUAAUAAAUUAUGGCCAUUGGAAACAUUGUACACUUAGUGUGUGUAUUUUAAUAAUGGUUGAUCUUAAAUCUGUAUACAGAAUAUCCUUGCUGUAAAGAACUAUCUGUAGGCAAGAUAAAUCUUGCCUUCCCCUAAAAUUUAUAGUGCUUGAGCGCUCUGUCACUUGACACCCUUCUAGUCUUGCUGGGAGGGUUUUCAAGGGGCCAGGUGGACUUGUGGUUGCCCACAACCAGCCAGCCUAACCCUCUUGGAGUCAGGUAGUAUAGUGUGGCAGGGCAACCUGUCUGACACCCAGAUGGACUUGAAAUUGAAGCAGGAAGGUUGGGUUCUCCGUGGAUGGAACUCACCUACCUGAACUGAGCAGGAAUGUCAGUCUUCCACUGCCCCUCCCUGCCAUCUUCUGCUACUUUGCUUGGGGAAUUGAUGGUUGCAGAAGCCACACAGGGUUGAAGUAACUUCCGUCAUUGCCCACCAGGGGAUCAAACACCUGCUGAUCUUGAUGUCAUAUUUCUGUCAUUUGCCAGUUGAUGGAGCCAAGUUGACCUUUGGUUCUGGUGCUUUACCCAGUUUGGAACUUUUAUCUGUCUGUAAUCCACAGAUCCACAGAUUCUUUUGGAAGCUUGAAUAGCCCUUCUUGAACAAUGGGGUAUGGAAAUAGGGCUGUCUGCUAUGGAAAUGCUAUCUGUAGACCUCGAGAGUCAACUGUACAGAUGUUUGCAGGGGACUCCUGCUUACCACCCACCCCGUCACAUUUGACCGUGGGAGUGGGCACCCAUGCACCUGUGUAUGUGAAAGUCAUUUUACAUUUCCAAGCAGUCUUGUUAUUUUUAUAUUUUUAACUCUAUUCUUGGAUGUAUAAAGUGAACUUUUUGGCUUCUGUAAGUAUGCUCUAUGCACCUCUAAUGUUUUACCUUGUAUUUAUAUGUUGUACACAGUACCGGCCAAUUCUGUAAAUGGAUGUAUUGUACAGAGAACAUGACCAUCUCUUCCUUAUUUUACGUCUUCAGCACCCUUGAUUAAAAUGGUGUUGUUUACUUCUGUGCACCAAUUGUCAGAGCCACUGAGUGCUGUGCUGUCUGAUGUGAGAAGGAAGUUACUGACUUGUGACCUAUGGUUGGCCCUGUGCCUUGUCACCUGUCACCAGGGAAUCUCCCACAGCCUCCAGCGCCACAGACAGCUGCUCACACACCACUGAGCAGACAUGUCUUGUUCCUUGUAUCUAUUCUCUUCCAGCCUUGAGUGGCUGCUCCGCUGCCAUAUAUGACAAAUCACCAUCACCAGUGUUCAGUGCUUCUGGAUUCAUGGGUGAGUUCCUUGGGCGGCCCCCAGGCAGGCCUUUUGGAUCUGGCUCCAAGGUCGUCACCUGUCAAAGCAAUAUUGGGGAUCGCUAGGCUCCUUUUGACUUACUUUUGACAGUAGAUUUCAGGGGAACAAAGCCAUGCCUGCUGCCUGCCUCUCUCCUAACACGUUUCCAUCAAGUAGAAUUUGUCUGGCCUCAUCCCAGUCCCUGCCGUUUCUUGUAUCUUCACUUGAAAGUUGGGAGCCCUUGUCUAAUUUAGCUGUCUCCUGUGUGAGUGCUACUGUAUGAAGUAUGAAAAUUUGUGUGCCUUGAGCGAAUUUCACUUUUCUCUGUAAGUUGCCCCUCCAUUUCAUCUGAGGUGACUGUCUUUUGGGGGAAGGGUGUCCUGUGAGUGAGGAGCUGGUAGUGAUGGGAUACAGAUUCAGUAUUGGCCGAGUUCAUGUUGUGUGCUCAUAAGUCUCUUCUACCAAAGACCAGGAGCAGGAGCCAAGCAUGUCCAGUCUUCUUCUAAGACCUUUGCCGUCUCAGAAGUGAAACUUGACAAUGGUCUGGUCCAUGGGGCUGCUCAGAAAAGCGCUGCUCUUGUAUGUCUCAUUGGUAUUGGAAAAAAAAAAUAAUAAACCUGUCCAACCUGUA